AUGAGCAAAGAAGGGGACCACUUACGAGCGUUAACGCAGCGAGGCCGUGACCAGGCACGGCUGACAGGCGAGCGCUUAUACACGUAGGUCUAGGUCUCCACUAUUUAAGGUGAUCGAAGUUCUGCUUUGAGUUUGGGGUACGUGAGGAUACCUCUGCUGUGUAGAUUAUGUAUCUAUAAGUUUUGAUUCUCCAUCGAAGUCUUUGAAGUUUUGCUUAAUAUCAGUGCCAGUAAGGAUGAGGAUGCUUCGCUUACGUGGAUAGGUAAGAAAGCGCUUUUUAUGUGGUGCCGCCCUGCUGAAGAUAACAGGUGCCUGGCUUCAUGAUGAUCCCCGACCUCUAAUUACUGCUAUUGAAUGCGGAAGGCCUGUUUCCGGUGAGGCGCGAAAACUGUACGUUUUCCUAUGUCCAGAGCCCUCUCACUCGAGCACGACAAACUGCGCACAUUAUACGCGAAACCAUGUUUGGUCUCUACUUAUGGCUGGGAAAGCAAAUGUCUCACAAAUUAGAUAAAGACGGAGUCCACUCAGUUUCUCGAGGGAAAACCGGGCGCGUUUGUGCGCGAGUCUGCAGGGAUGCGGAGCCGAUGCUUGCGCUUUUUGGCUAUGGUUUCGAGGCUGCUAGCUGCAUUCUGGCGAACGCAGUUGCGGGCGGCGGCGCCACUUGGCGCGCUCAGCCCAAUCCAUCGCCCUCGGCGCUUCAGCGCGUAGCGCGUACAUGUAGCAGGCCGGGCGCCUCGGCGGACAGCAGCGGCCCGAGGGGUCUUGGUGCAAACUAUUCCCAAAGCGACCGAGUGGCCCAAAGGGAUGAAGUGGAUCGCAACAGCUGGAGCCUUUCUGGCGAUGUAGGGGAGGCGCUUUCGCAUUUGAUUGCCAUAACAAGCCCGGGUGCUUGCGGGAGGGGGGCGCCUCUUAAACGCGCAGCGAAACGAAACCGGAGGGGGCUCCAGGGUGAAAAUUGACGCGCUGGCCAAAUUUGCGGAUUGGAUCUAAAAAGGCCAAGCGGUCCAAGCUACAGGCUCGCACGCUUCAAAAGCCAAGAACAUGGGGCCGCACAUCGUUGCCGACUCCGCAGUCUAUUGCUGGGAGUCUGAUGCCGUUACGGAGUAUGGGCAGCCAUGGCGGUCGCAUCACGCGCCGCGACUGGCGGCUCGAGUGAAGGGGAUGCCGUGCCUCGCGUUUUGGGGUGAGUCCGGAGCUACGAGCAGGCACCCGCAGACAUCUUGGAAGGCGGUCCCGUCUUCUUGUUGGGCGGCUGGAACUGCAGCUGUGCCGCGGCCGGUCUCAGGUGAAAGGCUGCAGCAAUCGCGGAGGUGCGACGCCGCCGCCCCCUCUUGGCUGUAUGUGCGGGUCGACUUGGGUCCCGGUCACGCUGAGCGCGGCGACGCUUCUUGCCGGCUGCACCUACCCGGCUCUCUUACGGUUUACUUUCGCUAGCGGAGCAAACGCGUGAGAAGCUGGAACCAUUUCGCCACGGCCUCGGAUAUUGCUGCCGCGACCAAGACGGAGAGUGGCACUUUUGGGAGAGGUGGGCCUGGAGUGAUGCCGCCUCGGCGUGGACAGCCCGGAGCGGAGACCUUCUCCGCCGCCGUUGGAUGCUCGACGCGGUCACCAAGUUACCCGGCUGGGCCGUUGGUGCUUUUGGGGUGCGCACUAUUCAGACACGAAUGGAAGUUGCAGAACGGGCGGCCGUAUCACUGGAUACCCCAAUCAAAGGGGUUAAGAACUGGCCCUACAUGCCUCGCCGACAUAACGAAGCACCUGAGUGGUCAGGAUCAUGUGAGGCGUACCUUAGUGGGAAAAGUCCCCUCAUGUACCAAACGCGGGACAUGGCGCAAGUCCAAGCGACGGCGGUGCCUUGUGCGCGGAACUGGGUGAAGAAUUUCUUUUUUGCUUACUAUUGAAAAAAGCGCGCAUUGCUGCGGCCUUUUCUAUCUCGAGGCUGGUACUUUCGAAGCAGAUGCGCAGGCAAUGAAUGCCGGCCGGCGGACCGGCAUCAGACUGCGAGACUGUAAAAGGAGAGCGCGCGGCGCUGGGCAGCGCUCUGCCUCUGGCCUCUCGCUUUUGCUCUGGCAUUGGUUGAACCACAGCGCCCACCGCAGGCUGAGGGGGGUGGCUGCGCCCGCCGUGCAUAGUGCAGGCGCAUCGGCCGCGUGGAUGUUGCCUUAGACUUAGUUAUCUAGUUGCGUGGUAGAGCAGUCUCGGUUAUUUGCAUGGUAGAACAGCGGCGGGGCUUCUAAUCUCUUCCAUGGAGUACAGCGAUCACGCUGACAGAAUUGCCUCGGGAGCAGGGGCUUCGCCACCAGAGAGCCAGAAGGCGGCGCCUGAGGUGACACCAGAACGGGGCUCGAAGUUAGAAAUGAAACAGGACAAAGGAAGUGAAGAUGUUCAGGCAAAUUCGUCAUCCACAACUUCUGCGACGCCAGAUGGGCAGUCACGUCGUUGGUGGUUGUCUUUCGGCAGUAGUGGAACAGCAAAGAAGAAGCCUCUGAGUAACGAGGAGCCGCGCAUAGAGGAGGUUCAGGAAACGAGUAAAAGGCCCAAGUGCCGAUGGACUGAGGACCUGACGCCAGAACUCUUAUGAUUGGACACAACUGCAUCCACCAUAGUCAUCAUUCCGUCUACAGCUUCUCCAAAAAAAGUCUAGUUGAAUUUGUAGGACAUAUGCUAAGAGCAAAAAACCUAGCGUUGCUGAUCGAAUCUGCCUUGUUUAACGAGCAGUUUCACGUCCAUCAGAGGAAGUCAAAUUUCUAGAGCACGGGAUACAUAGACUAAUAGUUCUGUUAAAGCAGUAUUGUAAGUACUUAUGUAUCCCUUCAUCCUCCAUCGAGGCCGAAGCGAGUGAACAUCAAACAGCCAAAGCUGAGGUGAUUCCUCUAGGCACGGAAACGCGGAUAGCCGAAGGAUUGCCCUGCAUCCCGGAUCCGGAUCCUCAGUUAAGGGUUUUAAGUUGACGUUGACCUAAGUAAAGUUAAACUAUCUGUGGGAACUUUCUCAAUGAGGAAAACAAGGUUAGACGAAGAUGAGUAAGCGACAUCGGGACUUUUUCAACGAGGAAAAGGAUAGAUAUUAAGUGAAAGGAUCAUAGGUAUGCGAUAUUACGUACAUCUGUACAAGUCUCUGUUUCGUCAAUUUGGAACGGGUCUAAUUCACGAGCGCGUAGGUCGCCGCCAUCCGGUAAGCAAGCGCAUCGCUGAGGUUUUUCAGGACAUCUUCCGGAUACCUCAGGGAAGCAACCUAGACCAUGUCUCAACUCAGGUCUACGUCUGCCACGCGAAUGUGAUACGCUACUUUUUUUAUGCAAAAUAUCUUUUGUUUUUUGUUAGAAAGAUCGCUUCUUGAAUUCUAAGGCUCUCGCGAAGAACUGAGAUGUGUAUCAGAGGAAUAAGAGGUGGUCGUUGUUGUAGAACAUGACUGAGACGGAAGAGGUGGUCGUUGUUGUAGAACAUGACUGAGACGCUGUUAUAGAACAUGAGAUGUGUAUCAAGAAGAUAUGUUGUAGAGCAUGACUGAGACGCUGUUGUAGAACAUGACUGAGACGUGUAUCAAGAAGAUACGUUGUAGAACAUAACUGAGACGCCGUUGUAGAACAUCUGAUGUGUAUCAGAGGAAUGAGCAUCAGAUGAAGAUCAACCUAGGGAUUAUAGGUAGACUCCUCCGAAGUGCUAGUCGACAGGAGGUUGGAGACUGCCUACAAGAGGACUCAUGAUUCUCCCUCGCAAUGAUCAGAAGAAAACAUUAAACCUCAUCUCUCCUCUACAAUCAGAGAAGACUCAUCUCCUGCGUACCUACUCAAUCAUCUCCUGCGAACAUGACUCUCCUCCGCAAUCAGAGUAGUCAUCUCCUGCGUUCAUUCCCAACUGCGAGCUUUGCAGCUUGACGAACGCGCAUGGUUGAGGCUCUCGGUCGCGCACGCAAGCAUUGUGUGGAUCAGCAUUGACCACGAUGGCUACGUCAGUGCGCGUUUACUUGGAGACACUGGGCAUAUACCUGUGGAAGGGCUGUCUUUCUGAUAAGAUUGAAUAGAUCCAUACCUCAAAUUCUGAUGGGAUUGCAGCAACGGGCCUUACUUCAGAUCGCUGUAACAGCACGAAGAGAAUUAUAGUUAGUAUCAAGUUUGUCUUGUUCAUGACACGGACACGACGACACACCAGUUAUAGAUGUUCAUAUGAUUUGCCAUACCUCAAACGUCAGCAAAGGAGAAAAAGAAAUCUUACGUUUCCAGUAACAUCAGUUCCAGUUCUUGACUUCAUUCCAUGGACCAUCACUUGAUUUCACUCCAUGGAGCAUCUCAGUUGACUUCAUUCCAUGGAAAUUAACCAUAAUGGUGCCGGCAGGCGUGGAGGCAUUUCUCACCUUGAAGGUUGUAAGAG